UUGCUAGGCGGGGAUUUGCUUCUCUGAGGUGCUGGUCAAGUCACGGAGCCGAGGAGUCGCGAUCUACGAUUCUCUGACGGUGGAUGUCCCGAAGAAACGAGACACUAUAUCCGCUGCAAAAGUACCAGAAAGUUUUCUCUGCCUUCUCUGAGUGGUAUAAAUCUGAGGAAGUGACUCCCAACACAGGAACCAUUUCAGCUUCUCACAUCUCCUAAUACAUCAUGGCUAUAGUCCUCCACUCCAGCCCCCUCCUAUGGACACGGCUGGCAGCCAUGAUCUUCGCCUGCGUGGCCUUCUCCUUGGCCGUGCAUGGAGGCAGACUCCACCACGGCACCGGAGACUGGUGCAUCUUCUGCUGGGCCUUCAGUUUCGCCGGGAGUCUGCUCGUCCUCCUGAUAGAGCUCUUCGGCCUUCAGACCAGAGCUCCUGUUUCCUGGAAGAACUUCCCCAUCACCUUCGCCUGCUACGCCGCCCUGCUCUGCCUGUCCGCCUCCAUCAUCUUCCCCCUCUACUUCCUCAAGGGCUCCUCGGGCCAAGGUGAAGUCGGCACCUACCGCAUCGUGACAACCGUCUUCUCCUGCCUGGCUACCAUCGCCUACAUCACCGAGGUGAGCAUCAGCAAAGCGCGUCCGGGCGAGGUGGCCGGCUACAUGGCAACGGCCCCUGGCCUGCUGAAAGUCUGCGAGACCUUUGUGGCCUGCAUCAUCUUCGUCUUCAUCAGCGACCCCGUGGUGUACGACCGAAACCAUGCGCUCAAGUACUGCAUGUCCGUCUACUGCAUCUGCUUCAUCCUGUCGGCGGCCAUCAUCCUGCUCUGCAUAGGCGAGUGCACCGGCUGCCUCCCCUUCCCGUUUGCACGCUUCCUGUCUGCCUACGCCCUGCUGGCCGUGGUCCUCUACCUAUCAGCAACCAUUGUGUGGCCCAUCUUCAACUUUGACCCCAAGCAUGGCGGUUCAAAAGAUAGGCCCCACUUUUGCAACACCGAGCUGGGGUUGUGCAGUUGGGAUAAGCUCAUGGCUGUGGCUGUGCUCACGGGUGUCAACUUCAUCCUUUACCUAGCCGACCUGAUCUACUCCACCCGCCUGGUGUUUGUCAACGCUUAAGGGAGGAGAAAGGGUGUUAGGCCAGCAGUAUGCUCCAAAUAAAAUUUAAUUUGGCUGGUUUUCAAAGGCUGUCGAACUGCUGUCAAAUACAGUGGUGCGAGCAAAUGCUAGUGUAAUCACUGCGACUCUGGUCUUGUUUAACGGCAUCCACGUGACGGAGCGUGAUGGGAGCAGACUGUGGAGUUAGACCACAACGGGUAUAGUUUAUUGUGUUGUUAUCUAGUAGGACUUCAUUUUGAAAUUUGAAUAUUGAAGGAUUUGAUUUUAGCAUAGUACUUGUAUAACAAAAUAGUAGGAGAAGUAGAAGGGGCCCAAAGUUCUUGUGUAAUGGCAGACUCAGGAUCUAUUAACUAUCUCCAAGUUCAGCUGGUCAACCUGGGUAAUUAUACCAAAAUGUUGUGGGUUCUUUUGUCCCCAGACUCACAGUUUUGUCUCUGCAAACCUGCCAAAUUUGAUUUUGUGUAAAGUGUACUGCUUCGGGCCUUAUAGAGAGAAAGAGAGAGAGAGAGAGAGAGAGAGAGAGAGAGAGAGAGAGAGAGAAGAGGGAGAGGUUGAGGUCAAUGGCUAUGUUUACACAUACAACAAUAUUCCCUUAACUAAAUUACUGAGGCUCUCUGUUCAUGUGUUGGAGCAUGUCGAUGUCAAACCUUGCUUCCAGA